AUGGAAUGUGAUAAAGAAUUGGCUGAAAUGGCCUCCUAUAAUGUGCUACAAUGUAAAAUGACACAUGACAAAUGUCACAAUACCGAAACAUUUAUAUAUUCUGGCCAGAAUUUGGCAUGGAGUUCUUAUUAUGGAAAACCAAAUGCCACAAAACUCUUCCGAAUCGCAUUUGCCCAAUGGUAUAAUGAAUAUAAGGAUGUCAAAAUGGACAAUAUUGAUUCGUUUCGUUCUUCCUACAGUAGGCCAAAAAUUGACCACUUUACCGUAAUGGUGGCUGAUCGUAAUAUCCGUGUGGGAUGUGCUGCAGCCACAUAUGAUGACACAAGGGUUUCAUCGGUGCUGUUUUAUUAUAUCCCAUGCACUUAA